AGCAUUACCACUCUCUAGCUUUACACCGGCAUUCCAGUAUUGAGCUUUGUAGAAUGCAAGUAUUCCCAAAAUUGCGCAACGACCGAAUUAUCGGGCACUCCAUUGAAUUACUGCACUUUCAUUCCUGGUGCUGAAGAACAGCACCCUCGCCGAGAUUUCCCCUGUCACUGUAUUCAGACGCGAGUGUAAUGAGAGAACGCGCGGGACUGGGAACUCUUGCAGCACGCUCUUCAUCGAUUUCUGGACCCUGCACAGACAGACCCUACACCACUGCAAAUCAGACGUGGGACUUUUCCCAAGCAAUACGAACGGCUCGCCUGAUAAGGGGUGAUACAUCGCGGGGGAAACUAGAAUACGUGGAAAAUGCAGCAGUGCCCCUCUUGCGCAACCGAGUGAAGGAUUCCGGAAAAAAUGGAAGUUAUUCGUGUCUGUCUAAAGUAGAGGCGAGUCUUCAAAAUCUUAGCGGGCUGAAUGAUAACACGAAGAACCGCUGAAGUAACUCCGAAAUCUGUUCUACCCAGCUGAGAUUUCAUUUGGCAUUUACAGAGGAAUUACCCGAAGCAUUUGUGUUUAUUUAUUCACGGAAACCUGUAUUCAUCUGAAGUAAGAAGCAGCGUUUACCACAGUUGUAAUUUAUUCGUAUGGUCGGUAAAGUGUGCAUAUGCUGUUUUGAAUAUUCUGGAAAAAAAAACAUUCAAAAUGAGCUGAUUUGCACCAUGAAACGCAACUAAAGCAUACUUUAACAAGUGGAGAUAUCUUAUAGAAAACAUCUUGGUUGGACGGCGAGUCAAAGGAUAUUAGUAUCAGCUGCCUCAGACAUCUGAAAGAUGAAGCGUUCGCCACUCCUCUUCCUGCUUAUCAGCUCAGCGGCCUGCAUCAAUCUGAAAUUUAUCUCCAAGAGAAACUCCGUGGACGGCUGCAUCGACUGGUCGGUGGACCUGAAGAAGUACCGGGUGCUGGCGGGCGAGCCGGUCCGGGUGAAGUGCGCCCUCUUCUACAGCUACAUCCGGACCAACUACUCCAUGGCCCAGAGCGCCAAGCUGCGGCUCAUCUGGUACAAGAACAAGGGCGACUCCGAGGAGCCGAUCAUCUUCUCCGGGCACCGGCUCAGCAAGGAGGACGACUCCAUCUGGUUCCGCUCCGCCGAGCUGCAGGACAACGGCUUCUACACCUGCGUGCUCAGGAACUCCACGUACUGCAUGAAGGUGUCCAUGUCCCUGACCGUGGAGGACAACGACGACGGCCUGUGCUUCAACAGCAAGAUACGCCACCUGGAGAAGGCCGAGAUCACCAAGAGCAAGACCAUCACCUGCCCCGACAUCGACGAUUACCUGGCUCCGUACAAGCAGCCCCUGAUGACUUGGUAUAAGGAGUGCCAGAAGAAGACCUGGCGGAGCUCCGUGGUGGUGAACACCACCAGCGUGUGGAUCCCCGAGGUGGAGGAGGAGGACGGAGGGAACUACACCUGCGAGCUGACGUACGGCAGCCGGGUGGUGCGGCGGACCACGGAGCUGAAAGUGACAGCUCUCCUCACCACCCGGCCCCCCAAGGUCCUGUUCCCCACGGAGAGGCACCCGAGUCUCAUAGACAUCCAACCGGGCAUGCCCCUCAGCCUGGACUGCAGGGCUUUCUUCGGCUACAGUGGCGAGUCCCGGCCAAUCAUCUACUGGAUGAAGGGCGAGAAGUUUGUGGAGGAGCUGAAGGGUCACAUCAGAGAAAGCGAAGUCAGGGUCCUGAGGGAGUACCUGGGGGAGAAGGAGGUGCAGCUGUCCCUCACCUUCGACGCGGUGGAGGAGGGGGACAUGGGCAACUACACCUGCUACGUGGAGAACCACAUCGGCCGGGGCCACGCCAGCGCCAUCCUGCAAAAGAGAGACCUGUACAGAUUAGAGCUGGCUGGCGGACUGGGGGCCAUCUUGUUGUUGCUGGGCUUCCUUACCGCCAUCUACAGGUGUUACAAUGUGGAGAUCAUGCUCUGCUACCGCCGCCACUUUGGGAGUGACGAGGCAGAGGACGAUAACAAGGAGUACGACGCGUACCUGUCCUACACCAAAGUGGACCCGGAGAGUCUGCACCGCAGCACCAGCGAGGAGGAGCAGUUUGCCCUGGAGGUGCUGCCGGACGUCCUGGAGAAGCACUACGGCUACAAGCUCUUCAUCCCGGACCGCGACCUCAUCCCCAGCAGCAUCUACAUCGAGGACCUGGCGAGGAGCGUGGAGCAGAGCCGCCGCCUCGUCAUCGUGCUGACGCCGGAGUUCGUGGCGAAGCGCGGCUGGAGCAUCUUCCAGCUGGAGACGCGGCUGCACGGCAUGCUGGUCGCCGGCGAGAUCAAGGUCAUCAUGAUCGAGUGCCCCGACCUCCAGAGCGUCAUCAACUACCAGGAGGUGGAGGCCCUCAAGCACACCAUCAAGCUCCUGUCCGUGGUCAAGUGGCGAGGGCCCAAGAGCAACCAGCUCGACUCCAAGUUCUGGAAGCAGGUGCUGUACGAGAUGCCCGCCAAGAGGAAGGAGAGCCUCUCCCGCCGGCAGGUGCUGGACUCCGGCGAGCAGGGCCUGUUCGGCGACCUGCAGGCGGUCUCCACCAUCGCCAUGACGACCACCUCCGCCUCCCUGGCGCCGGCGCACGCGCACGCGGAGAUCCCGGACUUCAACCAGACGAACCCGCAGAUGAGGCACUUGUGCCGGAGCUACGAGUACGAGAUGCCCCCGUCCCCCGUGCAGAUGGGCACGCUGGGGGGCCGCCACCUGUACUGCAACAUCCCCAUGACCCUGCUCAACGGGCAGGUGGGGCAGAACAACGCCGUGGGCAAGGGCAAGCCGGACGUUCACUUGAACAGCACGUUCGUCCCCUUGUCCGGACGGGAGCUCACCAGCGACAUCUGGUAGGCCGGCUUCGAGGAAAAGCUAGUCUGACUCCGCCUCUCCCUUUCUUACCUGCAUGAGGAUUCAUUACGAUAAACUUCGGUCAAAAUGAAACAGAAACACGACGACGAUCUCCCGAUGACUUUUUACAUAGUGGUUACAUUGUUUUUGGGAUUGUUCUUCUUUUUUUUUUUUGUUUUUUCCGUUGUUCGGCUGAAAAAAAUGAGGGUAGCUCUACUUUUGAUUUUACUACUUGAAAUUCUCCUUUUGGAGAUGAGUAAUAUAUGACCUUGUUUUUUAAAGUUCAAGGUGUUGUUAUUAUGUACAGUUUUCAUACCUUCUAGAGGCAUACAUAAUGAUUCAUUGGAAGUUUUAUUGGUGUAUGAGUAUGUGUGUGUACCCGCAUUAAAAGGUUUCUAAUUGGGGGUUGUUCAAGGCAAUGGGAGCACAAUUGCAGCACAAUUCUGUCAAGAGGGAAGGACCACAUUCUUCGUGAGCUUUAAAAUAUAAUAUUUAAGCAAAUAAACCAUGUUUCAAUUUACACCAAGUUAUUGUCAUUGUUUUAAGCCAAUUAAAUAUGAAUAUUUGAAAUGUUUUGUACCAUUUAUGGUUUGAUUGGUUUCCUGUCACUCUCAUAGUCUUUGGCCCUUUCUGCCUCUUUCUUUUCUUCAUAUAAUGAUGAUAAAUAUUUUUUUUUUCCUGACGCUGUAUUUUAUUGUUCUUAAUGAAGAUGUGGGCGACAGCCGUGGCCCUGCAUGGCCCUGCGAUAGACACACACACGCGCGCGCGCGUGAAUGUUCAGCUGAUCCGUGCCAACCUGUUUUCCAGACGCCAGCGUUUGCUCGCAGAUGGCGGUGUGUUAUCCAGCCAGACAGAAACAACCGCUGGGGUACGAUCCCACGCGGACUCUGGGUCUCAGCAUCGUGGGGGGGGAAAAAAAGCAAUAAUUACCAAACUGACCUGGGAAUGUGUUAGGACUGGGGUGGGCUGUCUGACACCCUUCAUUUAAAAUGGCUGCUGUUAAAACAUACGGAUCGUUAAUCAAGUUUUAUAUAAUUGGGAAACAGUCUUAUUACUUAGGUAACCUGAUUUGCUUUGUGUUUCUGUCCAGAAUGCAUAAGGUGUAAGGACACCCCCACCCCCCCAUGUCUCCACCCCAAAAACAGGGUUUCGAUGGAGGCUGGAUAUAUAUCCCCCCUUCAUUUACAUAUGUUGAUCGCCAUUGGUUUAGCCAGACGGCUGUACAACCAAUGGCAGACGUUUCUUCUGGCUCCAGUGAUGUCAACCCUAACCCCCACACACACCCCCCCACCCCCACCCCUCGCCUAUUUAAUUAAUUGAUUUUCAUGCUGUAAUGGAAUUGUGAAAAUGAAAUACACAGCCACAGUAUAAAUAUACAUUUUUUUGAAACACAUGCAAAGGAGUAUUUUUCAAUAAAGAAAUAAUAUGGAGUUGAAUUAAAUUGUAUUCGAACUGGCUGGCUCAAAAGCCUUCUGUUAGCAGUUGUUCAUUCCGGUUUAGCUCACACAUUUUUCUUUUUUUUAAAUUUGGAACCGACCUGCGUUCAGUUACGACGUCUCUUGUUUACAUUGAUUAUUUUGUUAAGCCCAAAGCGUUUGUGAGCUGCCUGCAGCUGUGCUGGUUUUUCUUAUUGGUAUCGAUGGGAGGUAUUUCUGCUGUGUGUCUUUACUUUCGAGAUCUUUUCACAUCUCUCUGUUUGCCGAGGUCAAGUGAGGAAUUGCCGUUCUCCGAUAUUGGCAAUCUGUGUGGUCAGCGGCGUGCUCCGCUAGAGCAUGGGGACCAGGGAUUGGCUACAGGUGCUCUUCGGAAUGUAGCACCUGACAUAACAAAGUACUGGGCCCUUAUGAAGUCAAUGGGUUUGCUUUGCUUUGCUUUGGACACUUGAAAGUCACAUGAGAGUUGCUGUCCUUUUUCUUUUUUUUUCUUUUUUUUACUGUUUUCGGGAGAUAUAAUCCUGACUUUAUGAAUAUUGCUUGAGAGUUCAUAUUCUCACCUUUUUGAUGAUGUUGUGCAUUUGUGUCAGCAUUGUUUUUUUCACAGGGUGCUAUUAUACACACGAAUGCCUAUGUGCAUUGGCAUUGAUUUACACGGUUUUACUUAAUGUCCUGGCACAUAAAGAAAGUGAAAUAUUUCUGCUCGUGGGAUGGGUAUGGCAUGGGCAUUACACAACGUCAAUGUGCAAUAACUAUAAUUCAGCAACGUCCCUCGCAUUCAGUACAGUUAUUUACACUUGUGAACGAGACAGGCCAGUCGUAAAGCUAAUUUAACGUACGUCACAUGUUUUUAAUUAAAAGGGUGAAACAGGGCUCGGUACGAAAGAAGAUACUAUACGUUGGAUUGCUAAACAUGAGAAACAGGAGAACUGGGGGAAAUCAUCAGGAAGAAAAAUAAUUGAUUGGGAAAAGGACACUGUGGGGAACAUUCUGGAUGAAAUGGCACAAUGCCUCGGCAGAGCUUAACAUUUAUCAUUACUGACCUCAGACCCAACGUGCUGUAGCAAAACGCCCUGUUGGAGAGCGUCAAGAGCAAACGGUUCACGAAUCCCCAAAUUAAAGUUGCUCAGCUGUUUCAUUUACCCGCAGGCUUCUUAGGAACCCACACUUCAGUUUGGAAAACAGAAAGGAAAAAAAACGUGGUAUUUAAAGGAGUUUGUUUUGUUUAAAUGACCUGAUUAUGUGGAAACUAUUGCAUUUAAAUGUGUAUAUGAAAUAAAUGAAUG